AUGACUGUCCAAUAUAAUCAGUUUGUCCUUACUGGGGGUCCUGGAAUAUUUUUUCGUCUUCUUUUAAAAUGGAGAGGAGGUGUAUUGAAGCUGAUUUCACUUGACCUGAUCAUAUUUGCUUCUAUUUAUACAUUAAUAAGCUGUUUGUAUCGGUUUGCAAUUUCUGAGAACGCACAAAGAAAUUUUGAACGUCUGAUUCUAUUUACUUCCAGGUUCCAAGCUAUGAUUCCGGUUGCAUUUAUCCUUGGUUUUUAUGUUGCCUUAGUUUUCGCACGCUUUUGGAACUAUUUCACGACGAUUCCGUGGGUGAUGAGUUUCGCACUUACUCUUGUUACCCACCUUCCCGGUAGCUCAGAACGCAAUCGUCUAAUACGUCGGACAUGCAUGAGAUAUAUUAUGGCAAAUCUUAUAAUUGCAGCUGCCCAUCUUAAUGUCGUCGUCAAGAAACGUUUUCCAACUUUUGAGCUUUUCGUUGCUUCAGGCGUACUUACCGAGGAUGAAGCAAGAAUUAUUAGAAGUGUACAAUCUGUUCAUAUGCAACCAUUUGUUCCUGUUGUAUGGGCGACUUCUCUUAUCACUUUAGCUAGAAAAGAAGGACUGAUAAAAAAUCCCCAUGCAUACGUUCUUUUGGUAGACGAACUUAACACUUUCCGUCAAAAAAUAUUAUAUAUAAUGAUGAUGGAUGAUGUUUGUAUUCCGUUGGUUUAUACACAGGUUGUCACACUAUCUGUGUACUCUUAUUUUGUCGCGUCUCUUAUAAGUAGUCAAUUCAUCAUCAACAGUUCACCUUUUGCAGGCAUAGCACGUUCGCAUGAUCUUUUCUUCCCGUUUUUCACAUUUCUGGAACUUUUUGUUUAUGUGGGAUGGCUAAAAGUUGCUGAAACACUUGUGAAUCCAAUGGGAGAAGAUGAUGAAGAUAUUGAUAUUAAUGAGAUAAUCGACUUUAAUUGGAGAAUUUCUUGGUGUGUGGUAGAUGGAGUAAGAACAAGUGCACCCGCCAUUGUACGAGACGCCCAUUGGAGACAAUCCGUUGUAGAACUUCCCCAUACGGAACGGUCGAAACGUUUAAAUGUUGGAUCAAGGAAAGGGUCAAUUUAUGAUCUGAAUGUUCCUGUUGGUCCAGAACUACGCGAUCUUAUGGCAGCUUUAUCCACAGCACGACAGAUGCAAAUGUCAAGUACAAACUCACCAGCUCCUUCAAAGUCUACUUAUCCUAAUGAAAGUGACAGUCCACAUGGUGUAUCAGAUGACCAUAGACAUUCGUUUCCUCACACCACAACUACUAAUGUUGUUCGUGAACCCAUAAAAGAAGAGGAUGAAGAACUAGAAGAUGAACAGUCUGGAAAAGAUUUGAAGGAAAAUAAAGUAAACGAUGAAACUAACGAUUUAUCAGGUAGUCAUACGCAUGAUCACUGUUCAAGGCUCUAA